CAAAACUAUGGUCAGCUCUAUUCACGCAAUAAACUCGCACAGAAUGGCUGUCAACACUGAUUGCAGAAUGAGCCGUCAGCCGUGCACAUAGCCAUGGAAGCAGGUUGAAACGGUGCCAUGUCCUCUCUCUCAUUGAAUAUCAGCAAGAAUAUCCCUAGUAUCCUCCGAUGCUUAAUGUUGCCAAUCUGCAAUAAUAGCUGAAUUCAACUUCAAUAAUGUCCGGGUUCGACAUUCGGUCCGAAAAUUCGCAAAUGGGUUUAACCGGUAGAUUGAAAAACCCAGUCUUCUGCUCCGGUGGGUUGUUCCUGGACAGCAGCACGAUUCCUUCGUCAAUUGUCAGUACAACAUCUGGUGAAGGUGGCUUCAGUGGUUGCUCGGUGAGAGCGAGGCGAAAGCGGUGGGAAUUUUUGUGUUUGAGCUUGUCAAUUAAGGGGAAAGAUGGAGCGGCGAACAAUAAUUCAUCCGAACGUACGGCAGCGAGUGGUGAAACUGAGAUGGUAAAGGUAGGAAAUGGAAUGCGAGUUAGGUUAAGGGGACGUGGGGCGGUGAAUACCACAAAGCAUUUGUGGGCCGGAGCUGUGGCUGCCAUGGUUUCGAGGACAUGUUUAGCUCCACUUGAGAGGCUAAAGUUGGAGUAUAUAGUCCGUGGUGAGAAGAGGAACCUCGUUGAACUUGUUCAUAAAAUAGCAAAAACUCAAGGCGUAAGAGGCUUUUGGAAGGGAAAUUUUGUUAAUAUACUCCGUACAGCUCCUUUCAAGGCGAUCAAUUUCUGUGCUUAUGAUACAUAUCGAAAGCAGCUACUCAUUUUAUUCGGAAAUGAAGAAACCACUAAUUCCGAGAGAUUGGUUGCUGGUGCUGCCGCUGGUAUUACAGCUACGGUGCUUUGCCUGCCGCUUGAUACCGUGCGUAACAACUUAUAACUUGUUCCUUAUUGAUGUUGCUAUUAUUUUGAGUCACUUUUUAGGUGAAUGUUGAGAAAACUUCUAUAGCUCUAUUAAAUGUAAAGAUAAGUAUGAUUCUAAAAUUUAUGGCCAACCGCUAAUUUGGGUGUCAUUGAUUCAAAAUGUAUCAGAAAAACAUGUUUAUCGUCGAUGAAUAUCGGCAUUAUUGUUGUUUCAGUUGAGGAAUAAAUUGAAAUGAGUUGUAAAAUGGUUUCCUGCUGCCAAGUCCAGGCACUUUAAGAAAUCAAGAACGUCUACUGAGCUUGAAGCUAAUUUUGACCUUUCACUCGUGCAUGUUUUGGAGGAAAAUUUUAUUGAAAGAACAGGCGAGGAGAGAAUGGGAGAUGACAAUGGUUUUUCUAAAUUUGAAUGAAGGUGUAGAGAGAUCCGAACUAGGCUGGUAGCACCUGGUGGAGAAGCCCUUGGUGGUGUUAUCGGAGCUUUCCGGCAUGUAAUCCGACACGAGGGUUUUUUUUCUCUUUACAAAGGAUUAUUACCCUCGAUUCUAAGCAUGGCCCCUUCUGGGGCCGUAUUUUACGGCGUUUACGACGCGCUUAAAUCGGCUUACUUGCAUUCACCUGAAGGCAGGAAAAGGAUUCAGAACAUGAAGCAGCAUGAGAUGAAUGCUUUUGAGCAGCUGGAGCUUGGACCUGUAAGAACCCUAUUGCACGGUGCUAUUGCAGGGGCUUGCGCGGAGGCAGCUACUUACCCGUUUGAGGUCCUGAGGAGGCAACUCCAGCUUCAGAGCCGUGGGGCUAAAUUGAGUACGCUCGCCACUUUUGUGAAGAUAAUUGAGAGUGGUGGGGUCCCUGCACUUUACGCGGGUCUUAUCCCAAGCUUGUUACAGGUACUACCUUCGGCAUCAAUAAGCUUCUUUGUCUACGAGUUCAUGAAGAUAGUUCUUAAAGUGGAAUGAAAUCAGAGGAAAUUACAGCAAAAUUGGCACAAACUCCUUGAAUUUUCUGAUGAUGCAAUUGGUGAUGAAGAGUAGGAAAUUACAUCUGUUACCUACUACCGUAUCUCCUUGCGCCAAGAUGAUUUUUACCAUCUUAGUGAUUUUCUUGCUCAUUUGAUACAUAUUCUAUGUAAUACAUUCUUUGAUUCAGUUAAAUAUGUAUCAUCUUAUCAUAUUAAAGUUUCAUUUAUUAUAAAAGAACUCUUAUUCCUUUACA